AUGGAGGCGGACGCGCGUGGCCGAGCCGGCGCGGGGAGGCGUCGGGGCACCACAGCCGGCGCAGCGGGACCGGAGCAGGCGGCCACGGGCGCGGGGGAGCCGGCCACGGGCGGAGCCGGGCCCAGGGCAGCCGGAGACGGGCGCAGGAGCAGCCGGCAUGGGGGAGGCCGGCCAGGCGAGGCGGACUCGGCGGGGCAGCCGCCCAGCCGGCGCGCGGGAGGCGGCAGCGGCAACCCGGACGAGCGGCGCACACGGCGAGCGCCGGAGCCGGCGGGGGGCGCGCGAGGCGCGCGGAGCGGGCAGCGGACCGACGGGGCGGAGGCGAGCCGGCGAGGGCCCAGAGCCACCUGGCGCGGAGCACCCAGCAGCCGGCAGGGGCCCGGAGCCACCCGGUGCGUGGACGGACAGCCGUGGCAGUCCGGCGCGAAGGAGGACGGGAGGCGCGCGCGGGGCCAGGAGGGGACGUCAACACGACGAGGCAGCGCGCGCCCGCGCGUGGGGGCGCUUGGCGGCGGCGAUGCAGGAGCGCCGGGACGCUGCGAACGGAGCAGCGUUGCGGGGGCGGCCGAGGCCUACGGGGCGACGGGGAGCCUCGGGGAGCAGCAGCACCAGGAUGUGGGGCUCGCGCGCGAGCGCAGAGAAGGGGUGCAGGCGCACGGACGGCGGAAGCGCCGGCGCGGUCGGCCGCGGCGCUCGCAGGCUUCAGCGGGUGCAGGAGCAAGCAUGCAGCGGGCAAUAGUAGCAGCAAACCAGCGCCAUUGUCUUGGCGUGGUCUGA